GACAAGCACCACGCGCGCCUCGCCGCACUACCACCGCCUGCUAGCCGAUGGAUCCGGCGCUGCGGGAAACGGCAAUCCUCGGCGGCAGCGGCGGAGGAGCCGCGGGAGGAGGAAGCGAGGCGCACUACCGCGGCGUGAGGAAGCGGCCGUGGGGCCGGUACGCGGCGGAGAUCCGCGACCCGUGGAAGAAGACGCGGGUCUGGCUCGGCACCUUCGACACCCCCGUCGAGGCCGCGCUCGCAUACGACCGCGCCGCUCGGACGCUCCGCGGCGCCAAGGCCAAGACCAACUUCCCCGACCAUUACCAGCAGCUGCACCACCGCCCGCCUCUGCAGCAGCAGCAGCGGCCUGCUCCGUUCGGCGGCGUCGACCUCAACUUCCCUUCGCCCUGGCAGUUCGUCUACUUCGCGCAGCCGGCCGCCGCGCCGGUGCCCUGCUCUCUUCCCCGGCCAGCAGCGUCUCCGCCCACGCCGUCGACGGCGCUCGAGCUCGGCAUGGGCGCCGGCCCAGGUAAAGGCGGCCUCCCGUUCGACCUCAACGAGCCGCCGCCGUCGCUGCUCUUCGGCUCCUGA